GGGCCCGGGGUGUGCCCUGCAGCUGGGGGGCGGGGUUGGAUAUUCCUGGAGUCUAGGAGUCGUCUCCGGACAGGAUGUGAGAGAGGAACUGGGGUCUCUAGUCACGGGAGCCAGCUGGGGCCGCAGGAGGGAAGGGAUCGUGGCUGCCGUCUCCCAUUCAGGAUGCGGGUCCUCCGGCCUCAGCCCUGGGGGCUCGGUCUGCUGCUCGUCCUCCUGCCUGGGACGUUGAGUGCAGAGAGUCAUCGCUCCCUCCUGUACCACUUCACCGCCGUGUCCGCCCCCGCCUCGGGGACUCCUGCCUUCUGGGUGUCGGGCUGGCUGGGUCCACAGCAGUACCUGAGCUACAAUAACCUGCGGGCUGAGGCCGAGCCCUACGGCGCCUGGGUCUGGGAAAGCCAGGUGUCCUGGUAUUGGGAGAAAGAGACCACAGACCUGAGGAACAAGGAGAAGCUCUUCCUCGAAGCUCUCCAAGUUUUAGGGGAAGGAGGUCCCUACACCCUGCAGGGCCUGUUGGGCUGCGAGCUGGGCCCUGACAAUGUCUCGGUGCCUGUGGCCAAGUUUGCCCUGAAUGGCGAGGAGUUCAUGAUUUUCGACCCCAAGCUGGGCACCUGGGAUGGAGACUGGCCGGAGUCCCAGACCAUCAGUAUGAAGUGGACGCGGCAGCCCGAGGCGGUCAACAAGGAGAAGACCUUCCUGCUCUACUCCUGCCCCCACCGGCUGCUGGGGCAUCUGGAGAGGGGCCGAGGCAACCUGGAGUGGAAGGAGCCACCCUCCAUGCGCCUGAAGGCCCGACCGGGCAGCCCUGGCUUUUCUGUGCUCACCUGCAGUGCCUUCUCCUUCUACCCACCCGAGCUGCAGCUGCGAUUCGUACGGAAUGGGAUGGCGGCUGGCUCGGGCGAGGGUGACAUUGGCCCCAACGGUGAUGGCUCCUUCCACGCCUGGUCAUCACUAACAGUCAAGAGUGGCGAUGAGCAUCACUACUGCUGCGUGGUGCAGCACGCGGGGCUGGCCCAGCCCCUCACUGUGGAGCUGGAAUCACCAGCCAAGUCCUCGGUGCCAGUGGUUGGAAUCGUCAUCGGCUUCUUGCUGCUCAUGACAGUGGCUGCAGGAGGAGCUCUUCUGUGGAGGAGGAUGAGGAAGGGGCUGCCAGCCCCUUGGAUCUCUUUCCGUGGGGACGAUGUAGGCGCCCUCCUACCCACUCCUGGUCUGUCCAAGGAAGCUGAAUCUUAGGAUAUAAAAGCAUUCGCAGCGACUGCGGAUCGUCCCCCAUCCUGGCUGCUACCAGCUAAUGUAGUCAGGUCCUUUUCAUGCUGUGAGACCUCCUGGAAUCCUGGUAUUUCUGAGCCUCCAGAAGGAGCCCGAUGUCCUCCCUCUGGAUUUCUCCUCCUGUGGCUUGCCUCAGUUUCCCCUCCUGAUAUAUAUGGCUCUCUUCCACCUCCACAUAUAACAUGGGUUUGGGCCCAAAUCAUUGUGUUCUCAUCGUUUCAACUUUUUAGGAAAUUGUGGGGGGAAUAAAUGGUGUAAGCCUUGGGCUUCAAAUCUCUCCUGAGGCUAACUUGUUGCCAUGGUGGAAUCUACCAAUUUUAUAUACCAAGUCAUACAUUUUUAAUGAAUAAAUUUCACAAAUAUUUACUGGA